GCCAUGGCGAUGAGAGGCGCUUCCGGGCGGGAAUUUCGGCGUUGCGGCGGAUGACAGCGGCCGCGCCAUGGCGCAGCGCAUCCUGCAGCUGGCGGCCGAGGAGAGCCCCGAGCGGCUCCAGGAGGCUCUUCAGGGCCUGGCGGAGGGCGAGCUGGGUGACAUGGUAACGAGGCAGGCCCUGAGGGGCAGGGAGACGGCAGCGCUGCUCAGGGGGAUCUUCAGAGGCUCCCCAUGUUCCCAGCAAAGCGGUGUUCUCAGGAGGCUACAGGUUUACAAGCACUGUGUCCCACUUGUGGAAUCAGGAGAUCUGCAUGUGGGCAAAGUGUCCGAAAUCAUAGGGCUGCUGAUGCUGGAGGCUCGCCAGCUGCCAGGCCAUGCGUUGGCUGAACUUGCCACCUUGUUUGUUGAAGUUAUUAAGGGAGGCAGCCUGUCUAAUGGGAAAUCCCUGGAGUUGUUUUCCACUGUUCUUACUGCAUUGUCCAACUCUAAGGAGAGCCUGGCUUAUGGGAAAGGUGAACUGAAUGGGGAAGAAUUUAAGAAACAGCUGAUAAAUACCCUCUGCUCCAGCAAGUGGGAUCCUCAGUGUGUAAUACAUCUUGCCAACAUGUUCAGGGAUAUUCCACUCUCAGGAGAGGAGCUGCAGUUUGUGGUGGAAAAGGUCCUUAGGAUGUUCUCCAAAUUAGACCUGCAGGAAAUACCCCCCCUGGUCUAUCAGCUGCUGCUGCUUUCUGCAAAGGGCAGUAAGAAAACUGUUUUAGAAGGAAUCAUCAGUUUUUUCAAUCAGCUGGACAAGAGACAAAAGGAAGAACAGAGGGUUCCACAAUCAGCAGACCUUGAGGUAGCCACGCUGCCCCUAGACCAGCUCCGCCACGUGGAAGGUACUGUUAUCCUCCACAUUGUUUCUGCUAUCAGCCUGGAUCAGGACAUUGGUGAGGAGCUAAUCAAACAUCUAAAGACAGAGCAACAGAAGGACCCUGGUAAAGCCCUGUGUCCCUUCAGUGUGGCCCUUUUGCUUUCGAUUGCGGUGAAACACAGACUGCAAGAGCAGAUAUUUGAUUUCUUGAAAACAUCAAUCACAAGAAGCUGCAAGGACCUGCAGUUCCUACAGGCCUCCAAGUUUCUGCAGGAUUUGUGUCCUCAGCAAUAUGAUGUAACAGCUGUAAUUCUGGAGGUGGUGAAAAAUAGUGCAUUUGGCUGGGACCAUGUUACUCAGGGACUGGUAGAUCUCGGCUUCAGCCUAAUGGAAUCAUAUGAACCAAAAAAGUCCUUUGGAGGGAAAGCUGCUGAGACCAAUUUGGGCCUUUCAAAAAUGCCAGCGCAGCAGGCUUGCAAACUGGGAGCGAGUAUCCUGCUGGAAACAUUUAAGGUCCAUGAGCCCAUCAGAAGUGAUAUUCUUGAGCAAGUCCUGAACAGAGUCCUCACAAAAGCAGCAUCUCCUGUCAGCCACUUCAUAGACUUGCUGUCCAAUAUUGUCGUGUCUGCUCCUCUUGUGCUUCAGAACUCAUCCUCCAGAGUCACAGAGACCUUUGACAAUUUGUCCUUUCUGCCCAUUGACACAGUGCAAGGGCUCCUCCGGGCAGUACAGCCCCUGCUCAAAGUCAGCAUGUCAGUGAGGGACUCCCUGAUACUUGUUCUCCAGAAGGCUAUCUUUUCCAGGCAGCUUGAUGCUCGUAAAGCUGCAGUUGCUGGUUUUUUGCUUCUGUUAAGAAAUUUUAAGAUUCUGGGCAGCUUGACUUCUUCCCAGUGCAGCCAGGCCAUUGGUGCCACUCAGGUCCAGGCAGAUGUUCAUGCCUGCUAUAAUUCUGCAGCUAAUGAGGCCUUCUGCCUUGAAAUCCUGGGCAGCCUGAGGCGAUGUCUGAGCCAGCAAGCGGAUGUCCGACUCAUGUUAUACGAGGGCUUUUAUGAUGUCCUACGCAGGAACUCCCAGCUGACCAGCUCUAUUAUGGAAACUCUUUUGUCCCAGAUAAAGCAAUACUACUUGCCCCAGCCAGACCUCCUGCCUCCACUGAAACUUGAGGGAUGUAUAAUGGCUCAAGGAGAUCAAAUCUUUUUGCAAGAACCACUGGCCCAUCUGCUCUGCUGCAUCCAGCACUGUUUAGCCUGGUAUAAGAGCACUGUACAUCUAUGCAAAGGAGGUGAAGACGAGGAGGAGGAGGAUGUGGGAUUUGAGCAACGCUUUGAAGAGAUGCUAGAAUCUGUCACACGACGGAUGAUCAAGAGUGAGCUGGAAGACUUUGAACUGGAUAAAUCAGCAGAUUUUUCUCCAUCUUCUGGUGUUGGUGUAAAGAAUAACAUCUAUGCCAUCCAGGUGAUGGGAAUUUGCGAGGUCUUGAUUGAGUACAAUUUCAACACGGGGAAUUUCAGUAAGAACAGAUUUGAAGAUGUCCUAGGCCUGUUUACAUGCUACAGCAAACUCUCCGAAAUCUUGAAGGAGAAAACUGGAAAGAACAAAUCUGCCUUGGGCAACAAAAUUGCACGGAGCUUCCUCUCUAUGGGUUUUGUGUCUACGCUGCUCACAGCUCUGUUCAGGGACAAUGCCCAAAGCCACGAGGAGAGCCUGGCAGUUCUGCGCUGCAGCACGGAGUUCUUGCGCUAUGCUGUCAGCGUGGCACUACAGAAGGUGCAGCAGCUGGAGGAGACGGGACAGACUGACGGCCCGGAUGGACAAAACCCUGAGAAGGUGUUUCAGAACCUCUGCAAAAUCACACGGGUUCUUCUUUGGAGGUACACUUCAAUUCCCACUGCUGUUGAAGAGUCAGGGAAGAAGAAAGGCAAAAGCAUCUCCCUGCUGUGCUUGGAAGGCUUGCUGCGGAUCUUCAACACCAUGCAGCAGCUGUACACUGCUAGGAUCCCCCAGUUUCUACAGGCCCUGGAUAUUACUGAUGGUGACGCAGAAGAAGCGGAUAUUAAUGUCACAGAGAAAGCUGCCUUCCAGAUCCGACAGUUUCAGAGGUCUCUGGUGAACCAGCUCAGUAGCUCUGAAGACGACUUCAACUCCAAGGAAACACAGUUACUCAUCACAAUUCUCUCCACUUUGUCCAAACUCCUGGAUCCAGGCUCUCAGCAGUUCCUUCAAUUCCUUACUUGGACAGUCAAAAUUUGCAAAGAAAAUGCUUUAGAGGAUCUCUCUUGCUGUAAGGGUUUGCUGACUUUGCUUUUCAGUCUCCAUGUUCUGUACAAGAGUCCUGUCAGUCUGCUGCGUGAACUUGCACAAGAUAUCCAUGCUUGCCUGGGAGACAUAGAUCAGGAUGUAGAAAUAGAGAGUCGGUCCCAUUUUGCCAUAGUGAACGUGAAGACUGCAGCCCCUACUGUCUGUCUACUGGUUCUGGGGCAGGCAGAUAAGGUCCUUGAAGAGGUGGAUUGGCUUAUCAAGAGGCUUACCAUUCUGGGAUCAGACACAUCAGAAGACUCGACUCAGGCAUCAAACCAAACCCAGGCUCUGGAGAAAGGUGUGAUUCUGCAGCUGGGAACUCUGCUGACAGUUUUUCAUGAGCUGGUGCAGACAGCACUUCCUGCAGGGAGCUGUGUAGACUCACUGCUGAGAAGCCUCAGCAAGACAUACACAAUCCUCACCUCCCUCAUCAAACAUUACAUCCAAGCUUGCCGCAGCACCUCAAACACGGUUCCGGGGAGGCUAGAAAAGCUGGUGAAGCUCUCAGGUUCCCAUUUGACCCCACAGUGUUACUCAUUCAUUACUUAUGUACAGAACAUCCAUAGUGAGAGCUUAAGCUUUGCAGAAGAGAAGAAAAAGAAGAAGAAAGAAGAUGAAACUGCUGCAGUCUCCACAGUCAUGGCUAAGGUGCUUCGGGAGACCAAGCCAAUCCCAAACCUGAUUUUUGCUAUAGAGCAAUAUGAGAAGUUCCUUAUCCAUCUUUCUAAGAAAUCAAAGGUGAACUUGAUGCAAUACAUGAAGCUCAGCACCUCCCGGGACUUCCGCAUCAACGCGUCCCUGCUAGACAGCGUGCUGCAAGAGCACAACACAGAGGAUGCUGAAAAUGAACCAGACAACAACCAGUCCAGCACAGCAGAGCAGCCAGAUGAAAACCAGGAACCCCAAAAGAAAAGAAGGCGAAAAAAAUAAAAAGUGGUUGCAGCUGCUGCCACCUCCUACAGUUUCUGUGCUGUGGCAGCUUCACCUUGGUCUUGGUCUGCAUGUACAGAGAUAACUGAUGGUCUUUCCUGCCAAAUACUCAAGACUUCUUUCUUCAUCCCCACGGAUGUGCAAGCAGUUACUCUGUCAGGUAUCUCAGGUUUUAAAGCUGGCUGCUGCCCGUUCAAAGAUGCGUGUUCUGCCAUUCAAAUGUGCUGCUAUGAAAAUCUUCCCCAGGAACAUCCUUUUCUUACCCAGAGAAGGAAGUGGCGCAACCAGGAUCAGUCCCUGCCAUGUUUGUGCUUCUGAAAGGACAGCCAGGCUCCUGGGUGCUCUCUGGACAACUUGCACAUUCUGACACUCUCACGUUAUCACUUCUUCUCCAGUGACCCUUUAGUUAUUUCAAUUAUCUGAUAUAUAUCCAGUGCUUCUCCUGGAAGACAAUGGGACAAUCAGUUCCUUGUGUUCUACAGUAUACUUAGACUGUACAGCUUCAGAGUAAGAGAGUAACAGCCACUCUUUGCUUUUGGUACAGAGCAUGUAGCAACUAUGGGGCAAGAAGCCUUAAAUUUAUUCAAACUUCUGUUUUGUGCAGUGCUGGGAGUGCAAAAAACAGCACCAGGAGGAAGCUGGAAACGAGGACUGUUCUCCCUUGAAGCUUGCUGCUGUGCAUAGCUCCUGAGGAGACAGGUGACAGCUUCCUCUGGAGAGCCAGCAGCAUGGGCUGCGUUACGCUUCUGCUGACCCUGAUGCAUUGCACUUGUUUAAUUUGCUUUGUUAUUGACCCAACAGGUAUUUUUUCCACAGGCACGCUUUGCCUGUAAAACUCUUAAUAAAGGCUGCCUAAGGGUGAAGUGUC